CGAAUUCCUAACCUUUCUUGCUUCUGUCUAAAAGCUCCCUUUCUUUUAUAUAAAAACGAACUUUGAAACAAAGGCUUUAAACGAGAAAACUGGUAGAAGAAACAAAGAAAGAAAGAAGCAAGAGGGAAACGACAGUAGAAAUUCAAAGAUUGUUGGGUUACGUUAAGGGCUUAGCGCCUUGCUUCUCGCUAUUGCUGCCUGAUAUUGCUUUGAUCUUUCAACGUAGAAUUAUUCAGUAUUAUAAUUUAUAUUGCUAGUAUUAAAAUUUACGUUUUAAGAGAAGCUAAAGAAACCCGUAAGCGAAUCGUGAUUGAGAGAAACAAGAAUGGAUGGUCUUUGUUUGAAAACGGGGAUUCAUGGUAUGGCACCGGCGAUCUCGGUGACUGGGGGCCUGGAAAGUAGGACCAACGCAACGCAAGUGAGUGCGGUGGGGCGGUCGCCGGUGGAUCAUAAAUCGACGUCCGCCUCGGUGGUGCCACCGCAGAAGACGGCGUUUUCCAUGUUCUCGUUCCGGUACCCAUUGAAAUCUUUGUGGCCCAGAGGUGGAGCUGGAAAUAACAAGAGGUACAACGGGAUGGCUGCUGACGACGCCGUUUCGGUGGAGAAUAAGAGCAAUGAAGAGGCGAGAAAAGUGCACGAGGAGAACGUGAAUGGCGGCGAAACGAGGGGGACUUCGGAAGGGCAAAAUGGGAAUUGGGUUUUGAAGAUUUUGCACGUGAGGUCAUUGUGGAGAGAAGAGACAAAGAGCGUUGAUGAAGAAAGGGAGACCGAAGAAGAAAAUAACCAAAACGGUAUCGUCAAUGAGGAGGAAGAAAUCUGUGAAUUUUGUAGAGUUGAUGAUGAUGAUGAUGAUGAAGAAAAUGAAAAAAAGGAGAUUGAAAUUGAUAAAGAUUCGUUUUCCAAGAUGUUACGGAGGGUGUCUUUAGCUGAGGCUAAGUUGUACGCUCAAAUGUUGUAUCUUGGAAGCUUGGCUUAUGCUAUUCCAAAGAUUAAGCCUGAAAGUCUCCUAAAAUAUCGUGGUUUACGCCUGGUAACUUCAUCAAUAGAGAAGAGAGAAUUGGCAAUGAAAGCUGAGAAAAAUCAUGAGAAAACUGGUGUGUCCUCUGAGAAUCAAGAGUUAGAAAGGAAUAGAAAGGAUGACAAAGUAGGCGAUGAACAGAAAAAUAUUGGCUACCGGAUCAGCGCCUCUGCUGCAUAUCAGAUAGCUGCGUCUGCUGCUUCGUAUUUGCAUUCCCAUACAAAGACCAUACUUCCAUUCAGAUCAUUGAAACCUGAAAGCAGUAAGGAUUCAUCUGAUGAUGGCAGUAGAAGUGACAGCAGUGCUGAGAUGAGAAACUCUGAUGUGGCCUCUUUAAUGGCAACCACAGACUCUGUGACUGCCGUGGUUGCUGCUAAGGAAGAAGUGAAGCAGGCUGUUGCAGAUGAUUUGAACUCAACUCAUUCAUCGCCUUGUGAGUGGUUUAUAUGCGACAAUGAUCAGAGUGCUACAAGAUUCUUUGUAGUUCAGGGAUCCGAGUCAUUGGCAUCUUGGCAGGCAAAUCUACUUUUUGAGCCUAUUCAGUUUGAGGGAUUGGAUGUUCUUGUGCAUAGAGGUAUAUAUGAGGCUGCUAAAGGCAUGUAUGAGCAAAUGCUGCCUGAAGUCCGUUCCCACUUAAAAUCUCAUGGCAAGCAUGCAACUUUCCGCUUCACUGGGCACUCUCUUGGUGGCAGCUUGUCACUAUUGGUAAGUCUCAUGUUGCUGAUAAGAGGUGAACUGCCUGCUUCUUCCUUACUUCCUGUUAUAAUGUUUGGAUCACCAAGCAUCAUGUGUGGGGGUGAUCGUCUUCUUCGCAAACUUGGGUUGCCACGAAGUCAUGUUCAAGCAAUCACAAUGCAUAGAGACAUUGUUCCCCGAGCCUUCUCUUGCAAUUAUCCUAAUCAUGUUGCAGAGCUUUUAAAGGCUCUUAAUGGAAACUUUCGCCAUCAUCCUUGUCUCAAUAAUCAGAAGCUAUUGUAUGCUCCAAUGGGGCAACUUCUGAUUUUACAACCAGAUGAGAAAUUCUCUCCACAUCAUCAUCUCCUUCCUUCAGGAACUGGUCUAUAUUUUCUAAGCUGUCCAUUGGCAGAUGUUGAUAAUGAAGAGAAGCUGCUUCAGGCUGCGCAGAGAAUUUUCUUUAACUCACCACAUCCACUUGAGAUCCUAAGCGACCGCACUGCAUAUGGUUCUGAAGGAACCAUCCAAAGAGAUCAUGAUGUGAAUUCUUACUUGGUAUCUGUUCGAGGUGUGAUUCGGAAAGAGCUAAAUCGCAUCAGGAAAACCAAGAGAGAGCACCGGCGCAAGGUCUGGUGGCCCCUGGUGUUACCUUGUGGCAUCAAUGCUGGUAUCUUUCUUGGGAGACCUGUUGCAACAAUCAAUGUGGGCCAAGAACAAUUCAACUUUGCUGGCGUUUUGCAAACCGGGAGAGAGUCCUGGAAACGGUUCAGUAGGCUUGUUGCUUCACAGCACAUGCAUUUGCUAGUGAUUCUUUUGUUCCCUGCCAAGUUGUUACUCUUGGGUGCAUACAGCGUGAUCAAUUUUCGCUGAUCAGCAUAUUUGGUUGCGCAUGUAGGGUUCGUUUGGAGGGAGUAUUGUACAUGGCUGCAAGAUGGUUAGACGAUUCUUUAUUCAUUGAUUUAGAAAAGGGAAAUUGAAAACGAUUCAUGCUUUUUCUUUUUUAUCAUUUUUUUAAUCAAACGGAAAGUGUCAAAUUGAUGUAUGGAAAUAGUACAUUGAUUGUGAAUGAUACCAAUACCAAAUGAAAAGAAAAAAAAAAUUGAUGA